AAUUUUAGGCUCCUUGCCACAGGGGUUCUCCUUCCUCCCUGUUUCUCUCUCUCUCUCUCUCUCUCUUUAUCCCCCUCCUCUCGUUACACGCGGUUUUGAGUCUUUUGACUUUUGACAGAAAUCAAAACAAAAAUCCCGAGGCAGCAAGAAAUCUUACAAUUAUAUGUCAUCCGAUCUCCUUGUAACUCCUUCCCCCUUUCUUUCCUAAAGUAAGCAAGAUCUCGGAACAAGAAAAGGAGGAAAAAAAAGAAAAAAAUCCUCCCGUAGAAACGAUUCAUAGAGAAACCAAAACCGAUUCGAUCCGUUCCUGCCCAAUUAUUCCUAUAUUUCCUAUUAUAGAAUCCAAUGCCGGAUCCGGUGACGCCGGGAAAAUCACAUCUUGGCUCCCUCAGUUGCUUGCUCUCCCCCUCCUCCCCUCGAUCCCAAGGCCACCCGCCCCGGCGAUUUUCUUGCAUGGGCAGCGCUUAGAACCGCCGGCGACGCCACGACGACGGGCGGCGAAAAGGGGCGGGGGCGGCGGCGGAGGAGGGUGUGGCGGCAUCGGCUGCUACGAUGCAGAUACGGUUCUCGCCGAGCAUGAGAAGCAUCACGAUAUCGAGCAGCAAUGGGUUCCUCGACUUGAUGAAGGUCAAGGUCGCAGCUCGCCACAUCUCCUACCGGACCCUCUUCCACACCAUCCUCAUCCUCGCCCUCCUCCUUCCCUUCGUCUUCAUCCUCACCGCCGUCGUCACGCUCGAGGGCGUCAACAAGUGCUCCUCCUUCAAUUGUUUGGGAAGACGGUUAGGUCCAAGGUUUCUUGUUAGGGGCGGCAGUGAUUCAGUGAAGCUUAUGGUUAAUUUAUACAAGAUUCUUGAUCAACUAAAUUCUGAGGAGAUUCCACCUGGCUUGAAGCUGCCAGAAUCUUUCAGUGAGUUUCUUUCUGAAAUGAAGAAUAAUCAGUAUGAUGCCAAGUCAUUUGCUAUAAGGUUGAAAGCGACGAUGGAAAAUAUGGAUAGGGAGGUAAAAAGAUCAAGGCUGGCAGAACAGUUGCACAAACAUUUUGCAGCAACUGCUAUUCCGAAAGGCCUUUAUUGUCUCUCCUUGCGUUUGACUGAUGAGUAUUCAUCCAAUGCUCAUGCCCGGAAACAAUUGCCUCCCCCUGAGUUUCUACCUUUGCUCUCAGAUAACUCUUAUUACCAUUUCAUUGUAGCUACUGAUAACAUUCUUGCAGCCUCUGUUGUGGUCACCUCAGCUGUGAGAUCUUCUUUAAAACCUGAAAAGGUAGUCUUCCAUGUUAUCACUGACAAGAAGACUUAUCCGGGUAUGCAUUCAUGGUUUGCUUUGAAUCCUGUGUCCCCUGCCAUUGUUGAGGUGAAAGGUGUUCACCAAUUUGAUUGGUUGACAAGAGAGAAUGUACCAGUCCUUGAGGCUAUAGAAAAUCAUCAAGGUGUCAGAAAUCACUAUCAUGGAAAGCACAUGGUGGCUAGCAAUGCAAGUGAAAACCCAAGGUUUUUUGCUUCAAAACUGCAGGCCAGGAGUCCAAAGUACAUUUCCCUGCUCAAUCAUCUCCGCAUAUACCUGCCUGAGCUUUUCCCGAACCUCAAUAAGGUGGUAUUUCUGGAUGAUGAUGUCGUUAUUCAGCAUGAUUUAUCACCAUUGUGGGAGAUUGAUCUUUCUGGAAAGGUAAAUGGGGCUGUAGAAACUUGCAAAGGUGAAGAUAGAUGGGUGAUGUCUAAGCGCUUCAAGACAUAUUUUAACUUCUCCCAUCCUCUCGUAGCCAAUAAUUUGGACCCUCAUGAGUGUGCAUGGGCAUAUGGGAUGAAUAUAUUUGACUUAAAUGCAUGGAGGAAGACAAACAUAAGAGACACAUACCAUUACUGGGUGAAAGAGAAUCUGAAGUCAAAUCUGACAUUGUGGAAGCUUGGAACGUUGCCUCCGGCGCUUAUAGCAUUCAGAGGCAAUGUCCAUCCUAUCGACCCAUCUUGGCACAUGCUAGGCUUGGGUUAUCAGGAAAAGACUGACCUUGACAGUGUCAGCAAGGCUGCUGUGAUCCAUUACAAUGGGCAGUGUAAACCAUGGUUGGAGAUUGGCUAUAAGCACCUCCAACCUUUCUGGACAAAGCAUGUAAACUACUCGAAUGACUUCGUCAGGAACUGUCAUAUCUUGGAGCCCCAAUAAAAGACCAGAAGGCAGGACAUGAUAAAGCAGAGAGGAGGGUAGUAGGAGAGAUGUGGCUACAUUCUAUUUUUUGCAUCUAAAAUCUGGACCUUCAUUAAGAAUGUUGAGAAAUCAGUCCCUUGAGCGAUGCUGCCAUUCUCAGGAGUUGUCCCUCCCAGCUGUUUCCCUUUAUUAGUAAUGGCUGCAUUGCUGGUGGCACGGGAGGUUCAGUUCAUUUUGUAACAUAGCGAUCAGUGUUCGUCAUGCUGUAAGGUAUUUCUUUGAUGCUUACAACGAGAUGUGACCCCAUUUUUUUGGCACGAAUGAUGCUCUCUGCAUUGCUAUGGUGGAGCAGCAGAGUGCACAAUAUCGCAUACAGACGCAUGGAUUGGUUUACCUAUCUUCUUUUUUCCCUUUUCGAGAUCUGAUAAUUUAUUUUAAAUCACUGUUCUUUUUUGGUCCUGUAAUCAUCUUUUGAUUUAGAGGCUAUGGAGAUUAUUGUGAAAGAAACCCCAUAUUAAUUUGGGGAUUGUAGGAUAUUUUUUACUAUUCAUAACUCAUAAGAAAUGUGCAGAUAAUUCUUUUGCUCAGCCUCUCUGGCUGUGGGCAUCAUUUGUUU